AUGAACUAUUACACAACGGACGAGGGACUUGUGAACGCAGUCGUAAAACUUCCAUUGCUUGAAGAGCUGGAGAUUGCAUACUUAUACUCAGAUUUGAAUUUGGAAGCUAUAGGCCAUUCUUGCCCAAAGCUAAGGACAUUGAAGCUAAAGUGCUCAGGUCUGAGACAGCCUCGGUGUAAAUCUUAUGAUGAUGAUGCUCUAGCGAUCGCAGAAAGCAUGCCUGAGCUACGACAACUCCAGCUUCUUGCGAACAGACUUACAAACACUGGCUUAAACGCCAUUCUUGACAACUGUCCUCACCUGGAACACCUUGAUUUACGCCAGUGUUUGAACAUAAAACUUUCCGAGGGUGAUUUGGAAAAGCGAUGUUUGGAGAGGAUCAAAGAUUUCAGACCUCCCAAUGACUCGACCGCUGAUUGUCCAUUUCAUGUCGCUUUUGACGAUACUAAUGAUGAAGGUUUUCGAUUUAUAUAUAGAUACAAUUAA